AUGAGUAAGCGGUUUGAUGUUUGGUAUCACGACCCCCGUGAAGUUGCACAGAACAUCCUGGCUAACCCUGAUUAUGUCAACAAGUUUGAUUAUUGCCCGUUCCGCGAAUUUUCGGUCAACAAAGAUGAACGUCGCUUCCAGGACUUCAUGUCAGCUGAUUGGGCCUGGCAGCAAGCGGAUAUCAUCGCCACUCAUCCAAGCAAUCUCAGAGCAAUGUUUGUGCCCAUAAUACUUGGAACAACCAAGGAACAUGCAGAGACAGAAGAAUUUCGCAAUUUCCGGUGCCAGAUCUUCCAUUCUUCACUCGCGAAGAUACUCGACAUGCUCAAAGAUGCCAUGUCAAAGCCCAAGAUUGCACAUUUCGGCAACAGCCAUUAUCAACGUGUUGUUUAUGGAUUAGGUCCAUAUAUCGUGGACUAUGAGGAGCAGGUGUUACUUAUGUCUAUCAUGAGGAGAUGGUGUCUGAGGUGUCUUGCUCCAUGUCAAAGCCCAAACAAUGAUGCCCUUUGCCAAUGCAAGGCACACAGAGAGGCCCUCUUUGAAGAGGAUAUAUUCAGUAGUGUGCUGCGGAGUGAUUUCGGUAUUGUUGGUGAAGUUGUGCCUUUUACAAACGACUUCCCUCGUGCCGAUAUCCAUCAACUUAUUGCACUAGAUCUCCUUCACCAGAUCAUCAAAGGCUGCUUCAAGGACCAUCUAGUUGCAUGGGUGGAGAAGUACCUCCAUCAUAUUCACGGAAAAUGUGAGGCAGAGUGCAUUAUGGAUGAUAUUGACCAACAUCUGGCUGCUGCUGUUCCAUUCACUGGCUUGCGGCAUUUCCCGCAGGGCCAUGGAUUCAAGCAGUGGACUGGGGAUGACUUGAAGGUGCUCAUGAAGCAUUCGAUGAAGCACUACCCUGACCUUAUCCGUCUUUUCGGUGCUCCGAAUGGGCUCUGUUCCUCUAUGACAGAGAACAAACAUAUCAAGGCUGUGAAGCAACCGUGGCGUUGGUUGAACAGGUACAAUGCACUUGGGAAAAUGCUUGUAACAAAUCAAUGGCUCGACAAACUUGCCGCCUUGCGCAUAGACUUUACCAAACGCGGUAUGCUCAACAGUACAUGUCUUACAGAUGCCCUACAUACUGAAGGCAGUACCGAUAACGCACCUGAUGCACGCGUGAAUACCACUGUUCCUGAUGUUCAGAUCGAAUCUGGUGCCAACUUGGAUGAUGGCAAGAUUGAUGAUGGGCCAACGGAGGUUGAGGCUCAGAAUGCAAAUGUGCGUGCACCGUGCCAGCACUUGCUAUCAAGCUGUCUAUUCCGCACUUACAAGAACUUGUUGGGAGGUUCCUAUUUGAACAGCUUCAUCCUCGCAACCUUCAUGACCAUGCAACCAUCCCAGCCGAGAGCUUCCCAGUCUAUGAUGGCAAAGUCUCGGUGGUCAAUUCAGCGUCAUCAAGAUUCUACGCACCCAGUGACCCAAGUGAGAUGGGAGGAAUGCACAGAGAACACAUUUGAUCCUGCCUGA